GCCAGACUAAUGGAGAUGAGGCAAAGCAGUAUUUAAAGUUAUUUUUUGGUUAAGGCCUUUAGUUAGUCGUUAGCUAUUGACACAGAACAAGGGUGUGGCUGAUUGGCUGACCAGUUUGAGUUGUCACUUAACUUAUCAGAGGUGUCUAGCUAGGCUACUAUACCAAGGCACUAAGGAGUCUGUCACCAUCAGAUAUUGUGAACUCCUGACCUGAAGAUCGAGUGUAGCUUUAAGGUUUUGUACUGCUUUUUAUUGAAAUUCUAUUCAGAUUACCUUCUCGUUCUGUCUACUUCGUUGGGACAAGCCAGUCACAAGCUCUUCUCAUUGGUAGGAACUUGAAGAAAGGUCGGGUCAUGACCCCAAGGGAGCAGCUGAGGAAGAUGUCAGCGAUGGGGGAGCAGGGCGCUCUGGACGAGAAACAUUGGUACCGCCUGGUCAACGGCAUAUCUGCUGGAGAGCUAUGUCAGAGGCAGGAGAUGAUGAUGAGGAACCAGAUAGCCAUGGCUCCUCAGAUCCUGGCCCAAGGACAGCAGAGGAUACAGGGGGUGCCCACCCAGUUUGAGCCUCGCUUCAUGGAACGAGAGCUAGUUCCACCCUCGGAGAUGGUAUCUUCCGAGGCCAGGCAGAUGCACAUGGGGGGUCACCUGGGUCCGCCCAUGCCCCCACACCCUGGAAUUUCUGGCAGGGGCUUCCCUGGAGUUGGUUACAGUUUCAUGCCCUCAGAGCCCAUGGAGACAGUUGCCCGGCGACAGGAGCUCAUCCACAAGCAGAAUAUCGCCAGGAUGGAGAUGAAUGCCAUCCUCCACCAGAAGGAGAUGGAGAACGCCCAUCAGAAGGGUCUGAUGGGUAUGGAUGCGCCCAUGAUGUACCAGUCCAACGCUAUGGCACUCCGGGGGCGCCAGCGCCUCCCAGACGGCCACGACUUCUUUGUCCACCGUACCACCCUGGAGGAAAUGCAGGCCAACAACCUCCUGAUGUCCUCCAGCCCCUAUCCACCAAUCAGCACGCUGCAGAGGGAGAGGGGCCGCAGGACUGGUCGCAGGGCAACUAAUCACAAGAGUGCAGAGAGCCAUGCGUCUGGACACAAGGGCCAAUCGGAGGACAAGAGCGUGGAGCAGAGUCCCGGGGGUGCCUCUGGAGAUGAGAAAGAGGCAGAGGGGAAAAUGGACAUGGGAGGGGAGGCAGUCGGCAAACAACAUCAAGCCAAAUUGGACACAGAGCUCUCGUCGAAUGGCAGAAAGAGCUACAAGGAGGCGACGCAGGGCCUGCGAAAAGCCUGCAUAAACAGUCAAGAUGGCUGCCCUGACGUCACCAACUGCAACAGUGGCGCCAGCGACAAAGACAGGCCCAGUCAAUGCUCUGCGUUCCAGUAUCCCUCCGCCAGUGGACCUAUCCCAGGCAUGCCUUACAUGUACCCUCCUGGGCCACCCAAUCUCUUUCUUAACGGGCAAGCUAUGUCCUCUGUUGAAGACCUUAGGAAGUGGACAGUGAAUGACGUGUACAUCUUCAUCAAAAACAUGCCCAGCUGCUCUGAAUAUGCUCAGACGUUCAAGGACCACAUGAUAGAUGGAGAGACAUUGCCAUUCCUGACAGAAGACCAUCUAUUGGACACGAUGGGACUGAAGCUGGGCCCGGCACUCAAGAUACGAUCACAGGUCUCGAGCCGGCUAGGCAGCAUGCUCUACAUGAUGAGCCUCCCACUCUCCGCAGCCGCCGCCCUACAGGCCACAUCUGAGAAGGCAGGAGGAGACAGAUCGUCAGAGAUCAGCUCCCCUGUAUACUGUAACAGUGUGGAGAUGAUGGGCAGCCCCUGCACCAGAGACCCAGAAGGACGGAAACCCACAGACCCCCUCCCAGAGACUGACAACCCCUCUCCCCCCUCGGCCAGCAGUGAAACUGCCUGAGGCAUCAGUGAGGGAGGUACGAGUCCUCGGGCCAGUGACUCAGUUCCAAGUCGACCCCUAGCUCCUACCACAUACUGUACAUAUAGACACAAACCCCCUAAGGACUUAAUGUCGAUCUUUAAGCAUUGGGUGGGUAUAAGUAAUGGAUGCAUCUUGCCCUCUGAUUGGCAAGGUGGAAUGUUAAUUUCAUCUGUCCAAUCCUUGCAAACAGUCAGAAGUGCAUAGGUAGUAGGAAGUAGGGGUCAAUUUGGAAUUCAGCAAGUGUUUCAGCCCUAAGAGCUGUUUUUAAGCUGCUUACCAUUUCCAUCAGGCUAUUGUGUUCAAAUCAAAUUGUAUUUGUUACGUGCGCCAAAUACAACAGGUAUUACAGUGAAAUGCUUACUUACAAGCCCUUAACCAACAAUGCAGUUUUUAGAAAAUACCUAUAAAAACCAGUAAGAAUAAGAAUAACAGAUAAUUAAAGAGCAGCAGUAAAUAACAAUAGCAGGGUUAUAUACAGGGGGUACCGGUACAGAGUCAAUGUCAAU